AUGCACAUUUAGAGUGAAAAACAUUUAGAUCUGAUAUCUUAUUAAUUUGUUCAUUAGUAAAAAGCAUAUAUUUGUUUCAGAUUAAUUUUCGUUUUCACCAAUAUCAAAAUUGUUUAUAGUAGAACAAUUUUGUUGGUUAGAUGAAGCAGGAGUUGCAAUUUGUAAAUAUAUAAGAUUGGUUCUUUUUGGUUAACAAAAGAAAUAUUUGAUUGAAAUACAUUGUUAUUUUCAGUUAUGGUAUUAUUUAAACAAUGUCUCCAGUUUUUAAUUUUUCUCGAUAACUACAAUUUAGUUUAAAUGGGUAUUAGGAUAUUUUAUAUAGAUCAUUAAUGUGGAAUGUGUUUUAUUUUGUGUCUGUAAACAACUUUUUUAAAAAUCUAUCUGCUAUAAAAAAAAAAAAAACUAGAAACUAUUUUAUACUAUGUAUUCUAUUUGUUGUAUUGGGGAGGUUAUUUUUUGAUAUUCCUUAUUAAAUAGGGAAAACUGCCAAUUUUUUGUUUAUUUCUUAUCUUGGUAACAAGGGAAAAAGUACGACUUAUAAUACUCUGCUCAGAAUCGGUUUUUUUAUUAGCAAUAGUUUACCAGUGUAAAUACUCUAUAAUAUAUUCUGUGUUGCAUCUUUCCUCCUGAAACAUUGGUACACCUAUCUGCAGUAUCAGCCAUAUUUUUUUACUAUUACUAUUAUUAUUAGGUACUAUUGUGAUACAAAAUGUAUUAACAAAUAUUUAGUCAAGGCCAUAUAUAUAUAUAUUUUGAAUUUAGUUUUGAUUUCCACAUUGUGUUAUAUAUUUUAAACUAUAAUUUGAUGUUAGUAAUUGUUAUGUAUGGGUUAAAGAAAAUAUAUUUUUUUGAAUGAAAUUUGUUAAAUUUUUAUCAUAUUUAAAUGCCAAGUAUACAUUAUAUUAGUACUAUGAAAUAAUUAACAAUAUAAUAAAAUAAACUUAGAUAAACAAUAAUAAAGAUUACACAACAAAUUGAUUAUAACACAUAAACGUUGUUUAUGUGGUUAACAAUUUUUAUUUCAAUAAUUUUAAGCGAAUAUAGCUAUUAUUUUGGUUAGUAAACUUAAGUAAAAUUAAAUGUAAAUAUAACACCACCAUAAAUAUUUAUACUCCACACAUUUUAUAAAUAUACAAUAAAAACUUAUUAAAUGCAUUGAAAAUUAAAGAGUUUUUAGAUUGUUCUUAAUUAAAUGACAAGUUGCCAAUGCGAUAAAUAAUUGUAUAUAUCCUAAUGCAAAAUAUGAAUACAAUAAUUUUACUCAGCAUUUUAAUCCUUGACCUUCAUAUUUAAUAACUAAUUGUCUGACAUAUUCAAUAGUUGUUUCAUCUAAUUUUAAUUUUGAAGCUUCUGCAUUAAAUUGAUCAACUCCUCCUUGACCAACUACAUAACCAUUUAAUCUGGCAGCUACAUGGGAUUUGAUCAGAUCAUCUCCAGAAACAAGACCAAGGUUUUUGCAUAGGUUCUUGUGUUGUUGCAAUCGAUAUUUUUGAUGGUAACUGAAUAUGUUUAAAAAGGUGCUUAUAAAAAAUGUAAAAAUUAAAAAUAAAUAUAAAUUUACUCUUCGGCAUUGAAAAAUUCACCGGCUGGUUCUAUUUUUGUCAAUAUAUCAAGGCCUUUAGUUUUUUUUUCAUUCAGAGUUAUCUCUGCUUCUGUUUUUUGUUGAUCGUUGUGAUAAAAUAUAAAUGAAGAAUACUAAAAAAUUACAAAUAUUUUACCAAAAAGUGUAAAAGUGUAAAAUGAAAAUACACAUUACAAGUAUAACAAUGGAACUAUACCUGUUUUUUAAAUUUUUCGGUAGGGUCAUGAUGAUCCCAAAACAAUUUUAAUAAAUCUAAAUAAGACACUGUUGUUGGGUCAUAAUUUAAUUGAAUGGCUUCUGUAUAAUCACCACUAAAACCAGAGACAGAUAUACAUUAAAUAAAAUAUAUACAUAUUUUUUUAUGAUAUCAAACUUGCAUGUUUUUAUAAGUAGGGACAACAUCUUUAGAUCCACCAAUAUAACCAACUCUUGUAGUUAUAAUUCCUGGAGUGGACCCAAAAAGACUGUCAGGUGCCCAAAAACAGCCCAUAGCAAAGGUUGCUUUUUCUGAUGGAAUAUCAAGAAAAUGCAAUGGUUCCAUUUUCUAUAGAAUAAAAAUGUGAAAUAUAUAUAUAAAAAAAAAAUGAUACAACUAAAUCUGUUAAAAAAUUAUAAUAUUACUAGGUUUGCAAACACCAAAUUGCAAUUAAUCACAAACUAAUAAAUUAAAAAUUAAACAUUACUGUGCUCUUUAAUCACUAUCUGAAUAUUUUGAAGUGGUUACUUUAAAUUAUAACCUAUCAAAUUCAAAUGCAAUACUUAAUGCAUAAUAUGAAGUGAUUUAGUUCUACUGUAGAGUUACAUCAUUUUACAUCUCUGAACAUAAUUUUUUUAUUAAGAUUAAAAUAUUGAUUAUUGUGGAUUAUUAAAAAUCUUUAUUUACAAUUCACUUCAGAGUAAUAUUGAAAUUAAUCAACUUAUAGAAUUAAUUAACAUUAAACAAAACUCGUUAGAGAUAAUUUAUUAAUGUAGGUUUUUUUUUUCGGUAGGUUAUUAGAUUUGUCAAUAAUUUGAUUAGUUUACUUUGAGAACAAAAAAUAAAUAAACUUGAUAUUAUGUUAUUAUAAAGUUUUAUUUACGUAACAGGCACAUUGGGUAUAGUUAAUAUUUAAAAUUUUGUUUUAUUAAAUUUAAAAUUACUAGUUGCAGUGGCAAUAUUUACAAUUCAGUUAUUCAACAUUAUUAUGAUUUAUAGAGCCAGAGAUUAAAAAUAAUAAAGCCUUACUGAAGGAGAAGAUUGAAUAUGUAACUAAGUAUAAACUAUCUGUAUACAAUAUACAUGUAUUUGAAAAAAACCCAAAAGGCAAUUAAAAUAUUAUUUGGUACAUUUACUGAUUUUUAAAAUAUACACAGUACAAUGUUGGAAAUAUGGUUACACGUUUUAUAACCACAAAUAAUAAUACAAAUUAACAAAAUAAUAAUUCUUGUUCUUGGUUCAAAAAACAUUAGCACCAAUUUUUUAUUCUCAUUAAAUAAAUCUAUGUUAGAUUGCAUAUAAAUUUGAUAAAUUCUAAAGAUCACCGACACCAAUUAGGUGUAUAAUAUUAUAUAAUUUUUUAGUUAAUCCAUUAAUAUAUUCAUAUUACUAAUAUGAUUUUAAAAUAAAUCAUGAUUAGGUACCUAUUAUGACUUAUGUUAUCUAAGAUCAUUUAAAAUAAGGUUCAACAUCUUAAUAGUCAAGUACAUACCUACUAUUAUUAGAAUAGGUAGGCACUUGAUAAUGAGUGUACAAUAUUUUGCAUGUAUUAUGUUAAUGUAUGAAAAACUAGAUUACAUAAUUAUUAUUUUAUAUUACAUAACAUACUAGAAAAAUUAAAUAAGCUAAAUUGAACAAAUUAAUAUAUUAUUAAUAUGUAUCACUUUUAUAAUUAUUUUAUAUAUUAUUAUUAACUAGUAUUGGAAAUUUAAUGAAAAUAUUUUUGUUAUUUCUAUACAAAAAAAAGUAUUAAGUAGUCCGUGAUCUGAAUGUAUAGAAACUUUCUAUUCUUAUAUGUUAAAGUGGACCUCAGAGCUGUAAAAUGGUAAGUACCUAUUAAAAAAAAAAAUAUAUUACUUAAUUUUGACUUACUCCAAUUACGUCGGCCUUGAAAAACUUGGUAAGUCCCGAAAACAUUGUUUAAUUAUAACAAAUUAAGCUAACAAUCAAAAAUUAUAUGUAUAAUAUAAAGCAGGAUUUGGCGCAGAAGAAUGGAAAAUAAGUUAAUAAGCAGGUAUCAAGUAUUUUGAAGGCUAUUUAUUGAAACAGUUGUGGGGGGGGGGGAGGAAAUCUAAAACUAUAGUCUGUCCCAGGAGAGAACGGUCCGCUUAUGCGCAUGUUUUCCCCCUCCUCAUAACUUGAUUUCAGCGAAGGCAGUCAAUUGUCAUUUCUUCCGGCGUCGGUUUUUGACUAGGAUAUUUUGUAGAAAUUCAAUUAUUAUUAUUAUUAGACAACGUGCGUCGCACGUGUAUUUACCUUUGCUGUUUUAUAACCUCUUGAUAAUUUUUCAAAUCGUAAAAUAUCGUAUAUACAAGCACCUUCUAUAAUAAUCCAGACUUUGUUUUUUUGUAUACAUAUUUAUUUAUUUAAUAUCUUAUUGAACACUGUAAUCCAGACUUUGUUUUUUUGUAUACAUAUUUAUAGACUUUGUUUUUUUGUAUACAUAUUUAUUUAUUUAUGUUUUUUUGUAUACAUAUUUAUUUAUUUAAUAUCUUAUUGAACACUGUAGGUAUAAUUCAGUAGGUAUGGUACAGAUAUAUAUAUAUAUAUUUAAUAAAUAAUAAAUAAUUAUAUUAAAAAUUACCAAACGGUACGAUCAGAACGCCUUCAUCGAAAUGUUGCGUUUCGGGUGGGUAAAAGUACUGAAAGAAAACAUGUAUUUUCUCAAACAGAGAACGAAUUAAAAAUUUGGACUGAACGUUGUAACUAUUCAAAAUUGUUUCAUUUAGAGAAAUCUACAAUUCGAUGUUGUUAUGCAGUUUGUCAUAAACAUUUUGACGAAUGUUGUAAAAGCCCAGGAACAAUAAAACUAAAAAAGGAUUCAUUACCAGUGUUGUAUAAAGAUAAAUUUUUAAAUAUCUAAAUAAAGAUAAAAUUAUAGAAUUUCUUAUCUAGAUAAAAAAAUUAUAAUUGUUUAAUAGGUUAGGUAUCGAUCACAAUUCUAAGUGCUUAAAGUUUACAAGAUAUAUAACACAUCUAAAUUUCAAAACAACUGUAUUUUUUAUGUUACUCAAUAAGCCAAAUAGUCUGUUAUUCACUUAUUUCUAAAAAAAAAAAAAACGUUCAAUGUUUUUUUUUUUUUUUAACUUGAGUUCAAAAAGUAAGAACAUUGCAAUUUUUAAUUUACCAUAAAAUGUUGAAUAUGGUGUCAAAAACCUUAAGGAAAAAAUGUAAUCAGAGUCUUAACAUUUUCUUUAUACACGUAUUAUUAUUUUCGUCCGAUGUGCUGAUACGGGCAAAGCUGUACGGAAAUAAAUAUAAAAAAAAAAAAAAAAUAAUAAUAAUAUCGGCACGGGAAACGCCGGGCGCAGGACUGCUGGUAAUUUAUAACGAUACAAAUAACGGGUCGCGUACAAGACUAUAAACGGCCAGGAAUUAUAUUAUACGAAAAUGAAAAAAGCUAGACGAAAAAAAAACAAAAUCUAAAUUAACGGGAGAAGGUGGAUUAUAAAUGUGCACGCAUUUUUAGGUAACCCCCCACUGGCGAAUACGAGUGUAUUAUUUACGCGCAACAGUGAUUGACGCGACAAUUCCUUAUUAAUUUUAUAACGAAUAGUUUUAUUUUCGCAAACUGCGUCGCAUACGUUUACACGAACAUUAUUAUUGAUAAAAUGUUAAAUGUGAACACAUUCAAACCGUACAACAGCGAUAAGCAGGAAAUAUAAAUAGGAUAUUUCCGGGCGAACACGGGAGAUAUUUUCAGGCCGAAAACCCGCGAGCCGGCGCGCUCCGGCCGGCGGAGUUGAUGGUCGUCGUCGACCGGUCGCGGUUAUCAGCAAUUUAUCCGUUUGUGUUGUACAAAUAAAAGACGAAGAUUCGAAUUUGCGACCGAAUAAUAAUAAAAAAAAAAAUAUACAAACACGGGAUAACGCAAACCGUUGCAAUUCAAUACACACCAAAUUAAAUUACAAUGUAUUAAAUAAUAAUGUGUGCGACUAAUAUGAAUUUAAUAUUUUGCGAUAAAAACAUGAAAAUAUUAAAUUUAUCUAGCGAUGUAUCUCAGGUAACACAAUUCCCAUUUAUCCGGAUAAAGAUGAAAAAUAUACCCAUCUAGAUAAAACACAACGGUGUUCAUUGUCCGCUUCGUAUUAUUAGCCGACGAGUGUCAUUGAGUUUUCUUUAUUUUGCCAUAAUUGUAUUAUAUGGUAAUCGGUCAAAAAGUCCGGACGCAAAAAACUUAAUAUAAUUAAGGUAUAUAUUUUAACUCGUGCUUAUAAUCAUGAUUCGUGAUGUGAAUGAUUAUUUCUUAUCAUAAUUGAUAUGGUAUCAUUUAAUAUUUAUGAUAAAAUGAAAUAACGCGAGUUGUACAAUACGUUUUCGAAUGUUUUAUACUAUUACCCCUUAGCUGUUACCUAUAACUUUAAAGAGAAAAAUUCCGAUCCCAAAUAAUAAUUGUUUCUUGGCACCAAAAAUGGAAACCAUUAUUGAGUAACUAAUGUAAUAGAAUGCGGUGAAAAAGAAAACGUAAUAAUAUUGGUUUUUUUUUUUUUAUUUAUUGGAAUUCAAAAACAAGUUUCUAAUGGUCAGCAUGUCUAAUGUGUGAUAAAAUCUGUGAUAAAACAACGGUAUUUUAUUAUUUGUUUUUUUUUUUUUUAUAAUUUAUAUUUUUAUUUUUUAAGUUUAGUUUUAGUUAGAAAUUAGGAUUUUUGUUUUCUCUGAAUGGUUGUACUUAUGGAGUUAAAAGUAGAUAUUUUAUUUUUUUGACUACAAUGUUGUUAAUUAGUGGUUGAAGUUCAAGAAACGACACUGUGUACUAUAAUGGACAUUUCAACUAUGCAAAUCAAACCAGUGACGGUAAAAAGAAAUGGUGUCACUCAGCACUCUCUGUUGACUAUCUCGUAGUUCAAACCAUUUCAGCUCGUAGUUCCUAAGCAACUUUAUCGAAAUGGACCAUUCCGAGUUGGUGUUGGAAAUGUCCCAUUUAGAGCGGAUGCCCACGGCCGAUAGAUUGGCCCUAGCCAGGCGGCGACGGGUACAACAAUUACGACUGUGGGCCCAAAAGGACAGAGAACGUAGACGAUUAUCUCCACCGAGCAAUAAUAGGCAUAUUUAUUUUAGCGACAAUGUUAUGUUGCUUGAAGCUGCCUCCAGAAAUGAUAUCGAAGAAG